ACAAAAGUUAGGUGAAUAUUUUCAGACUGUUUAUAUAAAUAAAGAUGCUUUGGACAAUUUCAUGAUAUUAUUGGAAGUGAUACAAUCAAGUGAUUGCAAGCUUUAUGUUUGCAUCGAUGAAUACAAUGCUUUUAUAAACAAAGCACUUAAAAAUGAAACAUUCUUACAACCUCUUAUCGCUUAUAAUAAUUCCUCAGUUCAAAGCAAAGUCAAAAAAAUUGAUAGUUUAUUUAAACAAUUCUAUAGUUUGCUGAAGUAUGCUUUGUUAAUUGAGGAAUUUUGGGACUUGUAUGGUUUCAAGAAAUCGGAAGUUGAGUUUUUCUUGGAUAAGGCUUUUGGAAAUAGUUUAUCAGAUAAUAUUAAAGAGGAAAUAAUAUCAUGGUUAAAGGAGAAAAAUGAUGGAGAAUUUAUCACAGAGACACUUAAGAUUUAUGACUGGAAAAAAGAAGAUUUAAUGCCUGUGCGAAAAUGUUUGCAGAUUUUGGAGGCAGAGCAUAACAUUGAAUCUUUUUGUCGAUUUAUAGAGAAAACUUUACUUAAGCCAUUGAAGAAUAACAGUGUUAAAUAUUCAAACGAAGAGGAAUUGAAACAAGUCUUUAUAGAUACUUUAAUUCUCACUCUUCACACAGACAUUGAACCCAAAUUUCAAGUGUAUUCACAGAGUUCUAAUCUUGGUGGAAAAGCAAUUAAUUUAGUGAAAACAAGUAUUGGAAAAAGAAUAGUGAUCGAAUUUGAUAAUAUUAAGAUAGAAAACAUUAAGUUGAACAAUACUCGAGAUAAUUGGCAAGAAGCAACUAAAGUUUCAUAA